GCCUUCUUGGCCGCAUCGGCUCAUACUGACGUCACCGUUUCCCCCGAUCCUUUCCCGUGCCGCCGUGGAGCCGAUCGGUGUGCUUAGCAAAGAUGGCACUCUACAAUUUCAAGAAAAUUAUGGUGGUUCCCACCGCAAAGGACUUCAUAGACCUCACAUUAUCAAAAACCCAGAGGAAAACUCCAACAGUCGUCCACAAGCACUAUCAGAUCCACCGCAUCAGGCAUUUUUACAUGAGAAAAGUAAAAUUCACUCAGCAGAAUUACCACGAUCGACUCUCUCAGAUCUUGAUGGACUUCCCAAAGCUUGAUGACGUCCACCCUUUUUAUGCAGACUUGAUGAAUGUUUUGUAUGACAAGGACCACUACAAGUUGGCCCUCGGACAGAUAAAUAUAGCUAAGAACCUCAUUGACAAUGUUGCUAAGGACUAUGUUCGCCUCAUGAAGUACGGAGACUCCCUGUACCGCUGCAAGCAGCUGAAGCGGGCCGCCUUGGGUCGCAUGUGCACCAUCAUGAAGAGGCAGAAGCAGAGCUUGGAGUACCUGGAGCAAGUACGGCAGCAUCUCUCCCGCCUGCCCACCAUCGACCCCAACACCAGGACCCUCCUUCUGUGCGGGUACCCCAACGUGGGCAAGUCGAGCUUCAUCAAUAAGGUCACCAGAGCUGACGUGGAAGUGCAGCCGUAUGCUUUCACCACCAAGUCCCUGUUCGUUGGCCACAUGGACUACAAGUACCUACGCUGGCAGGUGGUGGACACUCCCGGGAUUCUGGAUCACCCCUUGGAGGAGAGGAACACCAUCGAGAUGCAGGCCAUCACGGCACUGGCCCAUCUGCGCUCGGCCGUGCUCUACGUGAUGGACGUGUCGGAGCAGUGCGGCCACAACCUGGAGCAGCAGCUCAAGCUGUUUGAGAACAUUCGCCCGCUGUUCGCCAACAAGCCUUUGAUUAUCGUGGCCAAUAAGUGUGACGUGAAGAAGAUCGAUGAGCUCUCAGAGGAGAAUCGGAAAAUCUUUUCUGACCUUGUUGCGGAGGGCAUUCCCGUCAUUGAGACUAGCACGCUCACAGAGGAAGGCGUCAUGCAAGUCAAAACCGAGGCGUGCGACAAACUGCUGGCCCAUCGCGUCGAUACGAAGAUGAAGGGGAAGAAGGUGCACGAUGUCCUCAACAGGCUUCAUUUGGCCGUGCCGACCAAGAGGGACCAGAAGGAAAGGCCGCCGUUCAUUCCCGAGGGAGCCCUGACCCGCCGGAAGGCCAUGGAAGUGGACGCUCCGAAACGCAAGCUGGAAAGGGACCUGGAGGUUGAACUUGGUGAUGACUAUAUCUUGGACCUUCACAAAUACUGGGAUCUGAUGAAUAAGGAUGAGAAGGAUGAUAAGAUCCCGGAGGUGUGGGAGGGACACAACAUAGCCGAUUACAUCGAUCCGGAAAUAAUGGCGCACCUGAUGGAGCUGGAGAAGGAAGAGGAGCUGAAGGUACAGGCAGGGGAGUAUGACACCGAUGAGGAGAGCGAGGACGAUGAGAUGAAGGAGAUCCGGCAGCUGGCUAAGCAGAUCAAGGAGAAGAAGAAGCAGAAGUUCAUGGCGUCCAUAGAGAAGGACAUACAUGGACCCAGGAUGCCCAGGACUGCUAAGAAGGUUGAACGGAAAACUCUAGAAAAAGAAAUGUCUGACCUAGGUCUGGAGAUGGAAGACAAAGACGAUAGCCAUUACGUCACCCAGGCUCGCCGAUCCAGGAGCGUCACCAGGAAGCGUAAACGUGAGGCGUCUGCUCCCCCCUUGUCCCGCACUCGCAGCCAGAGCGCCUCCCGACCCCCCAGGGAUGUGUCAGGUGUCCGUGACGCGAAGAUGUUGAAGAAGGUGAAGACGAUGAUGAAGAACUCCCAGAAAGACAUGAACCGCAUGGGGAAGAAGGGAGAGGCAGACCGUCACGUGUUCGACCUGAAGCCCAAACACCUUCUGGCUGGAAAGAGGAAGUCUGGGACCACAGACCGUCGCUAACCCAUGGGGUGCUGAUAGCCACCGUCGACGGCCAAGGGCAGAGCUUAGCUGAACGAGGGCUGCCCCACAGCUCAUUUUCCUGUCCUUUACUUUACAUUCAACUCAACUGUUCUUUAGUGGAUGUUGUGCUGUGGAAAUGAUCUCUGUUAGAAAAGUGUCUUUGUAAAUAGACAUUUACUAUUAUCAAUGAUGGCACAGGGUGUGAGGACGUUACUGCAGUUCUGCUUUAGCCGCCCUGAAGCUAAUGUUAGCCCUACACCAGAUUCAGUCCUGUUUUUGUCACUGGUUGCCUUGACUUUUCUCCCUUUCAAUGGUGGGACAUCAGGAAUGAGUGUCUGGUCUCCCCGUAUUAAAAUCUGAACCUAUCCUG